AUGGCUGGAUUCGAUCGUCACAUCACAAUCUUCUCACCGGAAGGCCGCGUUUAUCAAGUCGAAUAUGCAUUCAAAGCCAUCAACACGACUAACUUGACAGCAGUUGCCGUGAAGGGAGACGAUGUAGCCGUUAUCGCCGUUCAAAAGCGUGUUCCUGACAGUCUCAUUGUUCGCGACUCCGUCACUUCCAUUUUCCGAAUCUCACAGACCGUCGCGUGCUGUGCCAUCGGAAUUGUUCCUGAUGCUAGAUUCCAAGUGAAACGCGCUCAAUCUGAAGCCGCUAACUUCAAGUACAAACAUGGUUACGACAUGCCAGUCGAUCUUUUGGCCAAGAAAAUGGCCGAUCUCAAUCAGUACUAUACACAAAAUGCCGAGAUGCGUUGCUUGGGAGUUGGACUUCUGUUCGUCGCGUUCGACGAUGAAAGAGGACCAGAAGUCUACCGCGUUGAUCCAGCCGGAUAUUUCCGAGGAAUGCGUGGUGUCGCAAUGGGAGUAAAGCAAGGUCCAGCAACAGUUUGUCUCGAGAAGAAGAUCAAAAAGAGAGCUCAAUGGGAUUCGACUCAUCCAGCUGAGCUUGCCAUCGAAGCUCUUCAAACUUCGUUGGGAAUCGACGUGCGUGCAAACGAUGUGGAAGUUGUCGUGGUUGACAAAACCUCUGUUCGGACCUUGAAUAAUGAAGAAGUCGAACAAUAUCUCACUUUAAUUGCCACCCGUGAUUGA